GCUCAAACUCACACUUAUAGAUUAACAAAACAUGUCCAUGUUCAAGAUAAAUUAGGCCCAGGUCAAACAAAUAAGCGAGCUAUUUGCAAAGCUUGUGAAAGUAAAGAACAAAUAUUUGAAAAGGGAAAAAAUGAAGAUAAAGAUCAAGAAGUAAUGACAUAUGAAGACCUUAAUGAAAAUAUGGCACGUAAUACUGUCAGAGCAUUGCGACAAGCAAGAGAGCAAAGUAAUGCACCUAUAUCUGUUGGUUCAUCAAACUCUAGGGCUUCAAAUGUAUCGGAAUCGAUGCUUAGUGAUUGU